GCUGCCUCUAUUUGGUAAGCUGUGAGUAGGCCGUGAGCAAGUAAUUUUCGCUCAAGCAUCAACAUGAUCAAUCUUCUUCUCUAAUAAUACUCUCAUUUCCUCUCAUCCACUUCAACCAACUCUUUCCACCAGAAUUGUCGUUUUGUUUUCAUAAAAAGAGCUGCACGAGGUUACACCGUUGCUCCGAGUACACAACAAACAGUCUGAAGUUGUCUAUCAACUUGUCAUCUUGUUCUACGCCAGAUUCCUUCACUUGGCCUCCUGUCUAACUCUCCCGUACCAUGGCCCUACUGAACCGUCCUUUGUCUGACUAGCCCGGGGCAGAAAGACUAGAUCUAUAACUGCCGUCGGCUUUUCUCCCUUUGCCAUCCGUACAGAUGACGGACACCGGCACCAACAUGCCGCUCCUCCUAGACAGCGCUAUGUCAGGAAUGGACCAACCUGCCAUGCAAGUCGACUUGAACGGCGUCGACGAUCUUUUUGGAGACACCGACCCCCUUUCUCUUCCUUCGCGCCCACCAAGUAGACGCCUUCGACGGAGACUGGAUGAGUUACGCUGUCGGGGUUGCUGUCAGGGAAUUGCCUGGUCUAAAGGGGGCACUAUUGCUUCUAUCGCACAAGGCGGCCAAUCCAUAGAGCUCAGAUACCUACGAGCCAACCCCAAAGAUGCUAAUUGGGAAUUAAGUGAGCCUAAGGUCGUUACCCCCUGGCAGAACCUCAAUGGCGGCCCUAUUGUUCACCUAUCAUGGGGCCCCGCAAGCUCUGAGCUUGCUGUCAUCGACGCUGUUGGCAGAGUUUUCCUCCUCAACUUCAACUCCGACUUGAAUCGCCCUCUGGUGUCUCGGCGCUGGGAUGGGGAUACCAUUGAUGAUUUGCACACAAUCGUCGGGACUUAUUGGCUCAAUCAGCUCCCGGCAAAUUCGAGGUUUUAUCCUAUAUACUGCCCCGCUGUCAAGAAUGCCAAGGGAACGGACUAUACAUUCGAGACUGGAGCCGUUCCCAACAUGGGACCCAGCCAUCCCAACCCGACCAAGUCGGCAUUUAUAUGUGUUACAACCAAUGGCCUCCUCAAAAUGUUCUGGAGCCAACAUAACAACAAGCCCGAAGAAACCACUCUAGAAUUAGAGAGCGCCACGUCUGCUGACGACCUCAUAACACAUGCUGCUGCAUGUUCUGAUAAAACUAAAUCUAUUUACAUUGCCAUGGCUACAACCUCAAAGCAACUCAGAGUUGUUCAGGUCGCCAUCUCUUUUAACUCACCCAAGCCCGAAAAUCAGCAGAACAUACCCCCAGGGGGGUUGGUCUUAAGCCCGUCUCUAGGAAAAAGACAUGUUGCAGUAACCAGCUGGUUCCAGACGGGGAUAUGCGAGUCCCCUUUAGACGCAUCCAUGUCAAAGAUUUCUCAUAUAGAAAUGCUUCCAGCCCAUUUCGAAAUUCAAACCAAGCAAUGGUCACCUAUCGUCGUUAUCACGGUGCGGUCAUUCAUCCCAGAGUCGAACUCGCCCUACAACCACGAGGUGCAAAGUAUCAUUGAUAGAUGGGAGCUUCUUACGGAUCAGAAGCAGACAGUUCACCCCGCUUUCGAGCGACUUGGCCCUAGAAGAAACAGUGUUGGGUCGACACCUCCAGCUACCGCAAGGUUAAAAAAGCUUGAAUCGAUCAUCGUGAACAAAAUUGUUAUGGGCGUCAACGUGGUCUCAUUUGGAAAGACCUUAUGUUUCUACUACAAUGAUGGGACCGUUGAAUACCGUGACCGAUUUACUAUGCAGGAGGUACACCGAGAGGCGAAUCUCGACCGAAUGUACUCGAUCUUAGAAGCAGGCUUUACCCAUAGUGGUGAGCCUUCAUGCUUGCAAAUGGCUUUUUCCCCUGUGAAUUUCUCUCUCGUACAAAUGUACGAGGAUGGACAGAUUAAGUGGCAUAAUCUCGAAUACACCUUAGAAGAUCCUACAAAAAUUUCAGAUGCCCACCUAAAUGCUGUCAUUGCGGCCUGUGCUAUGUCGACCGCAACCGCCACAAACAACAACACUAAUAUUGACGACAUUUUUGCCGUAGCGAGAAAGUUCCCCCACAGAGAUCAGUUCGCCGUUAAAUGGGUUAUGGAUUUGGUGCAGAUUAUGCGAAUAACGGUCGACUAUUCCGAUGAUAUCCCCCAUGAUCACCUCAUCAGAAACCAGCAUCUACAGUUUUGUUUUAGCAUAUUCAACCAUCUCGGCUGGAACGGGGAAUUCAGUGCACGCCACUUCCGGAGUAGGCUGUCUACACUGGCACUCAGUCUUCGUAACACCGUGAUCCUCGUGAGCCUAGCGAGCAGUGCUCCAAGUGCGGUCAGGGCAGCGUCGAUGCCUCUCGACGAACCUGAGGUGGUGAAUUCUCUAGCUGGCUGUGCCAAAUGGUCAUGCGACUUCCUAAGUUGGCUAUGCGAUUCGUUAUUCUGCUUGCUGGAUGACAUCAAGUUUAUGAGUUUUCUGACUCAGACCAACCAGCCUCAGCAACUCCUCAAUCUUACUCAGUACCUCCACACGAAGAAUGAGAUCGCGUUACAUCUUAUACUUUGCUCCUCUACCCGUAAUCUCAUCUCUGCGGCGUGCCGCCGUGUGGGGCUUCUUGAUAGUUGCGCAAGCCGCGCUCUUGCCUGGUAUUCUGGCCGAGGGGAGUUGCCUGAGUCAAGCAGUUCACGUCAUGUCGCGCUACAUGCCGCCUACCGAAAAGUUCACCGAUAUACUUCCGCGGCACUCGUCAAAGCUGACGAAUUCGACAAAUUUCUUGGAACCUUAGCAGGAGACAUACGAUCAGCAUACGGAACAUCACUUGGCCCACUGGCAGAAAAAGAGGCCCAGAAAGCAGCAAAAAAUCCACCAACGCCAAACCAAAAUCCCAAUGCUCCCAAAUCAGAUCGGGUUAAAGAAGCCCGCCAGCUGUGCGAGCUCAACAUGCUCUUAGUGCGUCCACCACCACCAUCCUUCUUAGCUGUAAUCACAAAACUCUUCAGGCAAGAUCUCAUGGCUUUCCGCACAAAUGUCGAUCUUGCGAAACUAUACUUUGCAGACUAUCGUCUUCUCGAGAUCAUUGAUACACCCGACGCUUUGGCAGAUCGGAAAAAGAGAGGUAUGAACGUCGACAUGUUCAGACGUGUCGAGAUCAGUAAGCGAGCACACGUUCCUUGGAGACGGUGUUCUAGGUGUGGAAAUGUCAUGGAAGAUCUCACAUCGCCGAAUAACAAACCAGGCAUGCUAUUUUUGCUUGCACAACAACGAACAUGCUGCUGUGGAGGACGUUUAGCUCUUCUCACUUAGCGAGGUUUGUAAUGCACUACAAAGCGAUUUACGUUAAGAGGAAGUCAGGAAAUGAACUAUUCUCUAGCGAGUCCCACGAUGUGUCGGAGAGAAAACUUGAUCUAUCGCUCUUGAAGCAACAUAAAAGAGGCCUCGCUACUGAUGGCCUCGUGAUGCUUGCUACAGGAAGAAAUGCUCUGAUAUAUGAUCGAAUCUAGUGCUAGAUACAUAAUACUAAUAAUUCAUCAAUGCAUGGCCUAUAUCUAAAGAAAGACAGUUCCGAUUUAGAAGCCUGCCGUAGACAUGUGGCGCAGCCAAACUGAGGCAAUGGCGUCUGCGGAAGACUCCGAGUGAUGAUUUGGCAGUCUCUUAGCAGGGAGCCU